ACAAAUUAUCAUCUUCACUUCAUAACUUAACUUCAAAUUGAAAAUUAUCUCUUCCUAUUGCCACUUCAAUCCCCCUAGUUCUUCAUUCUUUCCCUUCUAUUACAAUUUGCAUCAAGAGUUUCUUCUACCUUAGCUCAUAAGCUUCCAUAACAAUAUGAAGAAAAUUGUGCUAAAGUUGGAGAUUCAUGAAGACAAAAUUAAACAAAAAGCUAUGAAGGCAGUCUCUGGCCUCUCAGGGGUUGAGUCAGUUGAAGUAGACAAAGACAAGAAAAUGACCUUAGUAGGAGAUACCGACCCAGUACUUAUAGUGGCUAAGCUAAGAAAGUUAUGUCAUGCAGAAAUACUUUCGGUUGGACCAGGUAAAGAGGAAAAGAAAGAAGAACCUAAAAAAGAUGAUAAAAAGAAGGAAGAUGAUAAGAAAGAUCCACCAAUGAUAAUUAAUCCUUUCAUGUACUAUAGUACACCUACCUCUACCUAUUAUCAUCAGAUGCAACCGCUAUACUGCCGUGCCAUAAGCGUUGAAGAGGAUCCUAAUGGCUGUGUCAUCCUCUAAAUUUUAUAUACUAUGUUUGAUAAAAAAAAAAUUUAAUCAGAAAAAUAAUCAUUUUUUGAGGAAUCAGAAAAAUAAUCAUUAUAUACUUUUUUGAGAGGGAAAAUAAUCAUUGUAUUUGUCGUCUAUCGUUUUGUUUUUUUGUUUUUUGUUUUAUGAUUUGUAAAAGUAGCAUGGUGUAUAGUGUGUCGAUUAUAGUAUGAGGUUUGCGAGGCUCUGCAAGGGUUUUGGAUCCAUCAAUCCACAAUUUAAUAUUAGUAGAGAGAAGUCUUUUAGAA